AUGGGGAUGAAGGCAUGGUUGUCAGGAAUAGUGCCAAUUGCAGCUAUGGUGAUGAUGGAGUGUCUUGAUGUGGGGUUGGUCACUCUCAGCAAAGCAGCCAUGUCCAGAGGAAUGAAUCACUUUGUCUUUGUUGUCUACUACAACGCUCUUGCCUCCCUCAUCUUCUUUCUUCUUUCCUUCAUCUUCCACAGAACAAAGAGGCCCCCUCUCACUUUCUCUCACUUCUGUAAAUUCUUCCUUCUCGGACUUCCUGGGAUUACAGUGAUGCAGAACUGGGUAUUCACAGGCGUAAGUUACAGUUCACCCACACUUUGUUAUGCUAUGAGCAACUUGAUCCCUGCUUUCACUUUCUUGCUUGCUGUUGCUAUCAGAUUUGGAUUUGAGAAGCUCAAGAAGCCAGAUAAAACUCCUAGGCACCCUGAUAUCGAUCUCAGGAGCAUUGAUUACAAUUGGGUCAUUGGAGGCCUUUUUUUUGCAGCUGCUUGUCUUUCACUUUCAGCAUGGAACACUUGCCAGAGUACAGCAGUUUCUCUGAUUGCCGUGAGAGACUCAAAUGCUUGGAAACUAAGGCCUGAUAUUGAACUCAUCUCUAUAAUCUACUCAGCUAUUAUUGGUGUGGUAGCAUUUUUUGUACAAAAUUGGUGCAUAAGGAGGAAAGGGCCUGUUUUUGCGUCAAUGUUCAAACCCUUGGGCAUGGGAAUUGCUGCCAUAAUAGGUGUCAUCUUCCUUGGCGAAACACUCCACAUUGGAAGUGUUAUAGGAGCAAUUAUAAUUGCCACAGGCUGUUAUGUAGUGGCAUGGCUACAAUACAGAGAAGAGGAAGAGAGUAAAGUCUGUGAAGUUGUCAUGCUGCCUUCAACCUUUGAGAAGGCCCCAAUGUUGGAUGAGCCAGAGGGAAGCAUGAGCCAAUUUGAUGGGUUUCACUGUGGAUACAAGGAAUAUAAUCCUGUUUAUUCUGUAACAUAA